CAGAGCACAUAGCAAAGGAAGCCCUUCUGGUAACAUACCCUGGCAACUGUACUUCUUCCCUCUAACCCUUAACUUCCAGACCAUGCCUUGUACUCAAAGUGCCUAGUACUUAUCUGGAAAGCGAAUAGAGGAAAAAUAACGACUUCCUUUAACUACUGAUCCUGAUUUGUAGUAGAGGCCUACAAAUACAGCAGUAAACAGACCGUGUGCGCUUCCGACGGAAGGUCGUUGAAGUCACUUCUUCUACUGCAGCACCACUUUCCCGCUUUUGUUCCUUCAGCCCAGCGCGUUUUCCAAACGUUACCAAAUAUUUUCCGUCGGAAUGCCGGAGCCAAACUGGUGAAUGGUCGUAACUAAUCUGAAAGGGGUGGGUUUUUUUUUUUUUUGGCACCAAGAGGUUGAAGAAACCCGGGCUUCCCUUUCCCAGCGUGUACAAGAGAAAUUGAAAGCUCGCUCAUGCUAGCUAGGGGAGGGGAAGAGAAGGGAAGGGAGGGGAGGGGAACCCGGCGCUUCCCGAGGCGCGCUGCUGUUUGCUUGCCUGCUGCCUGCCCGGGACUUCCCUGUUGUACAUGAGGCACCCACCCACGCAAAGAUGGCUGCGAAAGGCUCGCAUUUUCACCUGAAAAUGGAAGAGGCGAUCGAGAGGUGCAGGACGGAUUGCCAGUGGGAGAUGCAGCUCACCAUGGUGGCGCAGAUGAGGGCGCGGACGUCCAGCCCUCGGCACAAGGGGGCAAAAGGAGCCGGAGCCGCACCGCAAAAAUCUGAAGACUAUGAGAAUCUACUAGCUGCGGAGGCACUGCUGGAGCUGUGCUUAAAGGAGAACCUUGCCAAAAUCAAAGAAACCAUGCCAUUAAUGGAAAAAACCGAGCCCAAACUGAGUGACGCCAAAAAGUCUUUGACUGACAUUCUAAAUCGAGGGAAAUUACUGCCAAAAGUUAUGACAGAAGCAAUGUUGCUCCUUGCAAAGCUUCAUUAUAUUGAAGGCUGUUACAGAGAGACUUUAAGCAUGUAUGCAAGAGCUGGCCUCGAAGACCUUGUAAUAGAGAAGAAACCUUUAUACAAGCUGCGUCUGCUAACCGAAGCUUUUGUUAUUAAAGGCUUGGCACUGGAACGCUCACCCAAUUCCAUUGCUUCCCAAGUCCGGCUGUUAGAAAGAGAAGAGGAAGUCAUGACUUGCUUUGAAAGGGCAUGUGUAAUUGCUCAGAUUUUCCUGCAAGAAAUGGAGAAGAGCUUUAAUAAUACACAUACAAGAAGCCUAAAAGGCAGUCAUAUGUCUUCCUUGGAUUUUGAACUUCCUUACUUCCUGGAAGCAGCUCUGCAGAGUGCAUAUGUGGCUCAUUUAAAGAGAGGCAAUAUUAUUCAAGGAAUAAGAAAUCUAAGAGAAUUGUUAAGGACCAUGGAAACAAAGGCUACUCUGAGCUUCAGAAUGACAGCUACCAAACAACUGGCAGAGCUUCUCCUUCACUCCCUAAGUGAAGAUUGUUACUGGAGUCCCUUAUCUGACCCACUUCCUGAGUUCAUGAAGAAAGAGGACAAUGCUUAUAUUUGUACCACCUUACGCCGAAGACUACAGCUACACGCUGGAGAUAACAUCUAUAGCCCCCAUGACAACGUUGAAGAAGCUCUCCUCCUCCUCCUGAUCAGCGAAUCCAUGGCAAACCAGGAUGCAGUAAUCAGCCGGGCUCCUGAUCAGAAAGAUGAUCGAGCCAUCAGUCUCCAGAGUACAUCAGCAGUUUAUGAUCUCCUGAGUAUCACUCUGGGCAGAAGAGGACAGUAUGUCAUGCUUUCUGAGUGUUUAGAACGAGCAAUGAAGCUUGCAUUUGGUGAAUUUCAUCUCUGGUACCAGUUGGCUCUGGCCAUGACAGCUUGUGGCAAGUCUGCUCAUGCUGUCUCGGUGCUCAGAGAAUGUGCAAAGCUACGUCCUGCGGAUCCCACCGUCCCUCUCCUGGCCGCCAAGGUCUGCAUUGGGCCUCUGCACUGGCUGGAGGAAGGAGAACGUUUCGCCAAGAUGGUCGUUGGCAUGGGAGAAGACGCUGGAGAAUUCCUAGCAAAGGGUUUCUUAGCAUUAGGCCUGACAUACAGCCUUCAAGCAACUGAUGCUACCCUGAAAAGCGCACAAGAUGACUUGCAUCAGAGAGCACUUCAGAAUUUAGAAAGAGCUCAUCACUUGGCACCUGAAGACCACCAAAUUAUCCUCUAUAUCUCAUUGCAGCUGGCUCUUAUCAGGCAGAUUUGUGAUGCAAUAGAACAUCUCCAAGAAGCACUGAAACUGUGUAAGGAUGAUAUGAAUUCUCUUCAUUUGUUGGCCCUCCUUUUUUCAUCACAAAAAGACUAUCAGCAUGCUUUGGAUGUAAUGGACGUGGCCCUUGCAGAAUACCCUGACUGCUUCCAUUUACUCUUCACAAAAAUAAAACUGGAAUUAAUACAUAAAGGACCGGAAGAGGCUUUAGUGACCUGUAGACAUAUGUUGCAUCAGUGGCAGAUGUUCUAUAAUGUUUCGCAGCAAAGUGAUUCAGAGAAAGCAAACAGUUUAACUGAGACAGUACCAGCCAAGAAGAAUAAUAAUGUGUAUCUUACUCUACCUGAUGCCCAUGAUAAUGAUUCUGGCUCCCAGCGAGCAUCUUCCAUUGCAGCAUCACGACUGGAACAGGCCAUGUCAGAGAUAACUAUGCAGAGUUCUGCCUCAAAGCACGGGCCUAUUCAGCUGUGGACAACUCUUGAGCAGAUCUGGUUGCAGGCUGCUGAAGUCUUCAUGGAACAACAGCAUCUCAAAGAAGCAAGCUUUUGUAUCCAGGAGGCAGCCAGUCUCUUUCCCACAUCUCAUGCUGUGCUGUACAUGCGGGGGAGGCUUGCAGAGAUGAACGGCAGCUUGGAAGAGGCUAAGCAAUUGUAUGAUGAAGCAUUAACCGUGAAUCCAAGUGGAGUGGAAAUCAUGAACUGUUUGGGACUGGUACUCAACAAGCUUGGGCGAAGAAAUUUGGCUCAGAAGGUUCUUCAGGAUGCAGUCCAGAUACAGAGUACCAGCCACAAAGCCUGGAACAGCCUUGGAGAGGUCCUUCAUGCUCAGGGCAAAAAUGAAGCUGCUGUUGAAUGCUUUCUGACUGCUUUGGACCUUGAAUCCAGCAGCCCUAUAAUUCCAUUUACAGUUAUUCCAAGGGAAUUGUGAAUGUUUUAGUAUUAACUCAUCAAAUGUGUUAUGUGGAGAAAGUUUAGGUGAUAAGCAGUCAAUUUACAGAUGUGUGUGUGUGUAAAGAAAAGCUUUAUUCAUGGUAAUGAUUCUGUUUCAAGAAUAUCACAUUUUAAGCUGAUUCACUACCAGAUUCUAGCUUAGUUCAUACAUAGCAUUAAGCUAUAACAUAUCUGUUUGGUUGGGUUAUUUUGUUUUGCUCUGAAGACUAUUUUUGAUCUCCCAUUUGAGAUGUCAGUUAGUCAGACUUCCAAGAGGAAUUCUCACUGCAUUUUUUAAAGACUUAUAGACUUUAGGAAUUAAAAAGGGUGAGAAUGUCAGGUGGACACAUUCUUCAUUCCUUGCCUUAAAUUAUUGUGGCCGAGGAUAUAAAAAUAAAAUAAAAUUGGAGAAAAUAAUAGGCAUUUCCAGAAUACCGAUAGAAGAGAAUAUUUGUAACUCAGGGUUGAACUGUGGGGUCCGAGGUGCUCUGGUAGCUUGGUUGUUUCCUUGCCCUGUCAGGGCAAACCCCUUGAAUAUAAAAUGAGAGCAAACUCCACUCCUUACUAACACUGAUCUUACCUAGUUUAGUAAUGAAACAUCUGUAAGAAAACAACCAAGUCCGGAGAGCACUAGGUACCCCGUAUUUCCAGAAUAUUUUAUUAAUAAAAAUUAGGGCAACUCAGCUUUAAAAUUUCAGCAAGGAUUUUGUUCUAGACCACCAGAAGUUUUGGGACAUUAAGACACCAAGGCUACUGCUUGAGAUACUGACAGGGACACAUCUCUUACAAUAUCUUCUUUAAGAUAUUGCUCCAUAGCUGGGGAUCAUUAGAGCUAAAGAUAAAUCAUUAAAAACUCACAAAAAUUGCUUGUACAAACCAUGUACCAUGAUGGAGAUGUUGGGAUGCACAAGGGACAAAAUUAUUACAUAAUUUGGGACCUAUGGGUUUGGGACCUAUUGCAGACUAUUACAAUGGUCUCUGAGUCUAAUUUGUCAAAUUUUAAGCUAAAUCAGUUUUGUUUGUGCUCAGGGAUAUAUAGAAUAAAAGUAUAGGCAUCUGUGAAAGCACAGUAAUGAUAUAUAACUUAGCUUCUUGGUUCUUUGUAUCAUUUUAUCCUUUUGUUCCAUUAGUAGUACACGGCACAAAUAACAGCAUGUUAUUCCAUAUAACUGACCUCUUGCCUCUUAAAAUUUUCUUUCCAGCUUAGAGGAGACAAUGUAGAAGAGUCAUUUUACUAAUAUUUCAGUUGUGUUGGUAUUUACUUUUAAUUAGGCUGCUGUGAUCAUUCUGACUGAUCUCAUGUACUUACCUGAGCUAGUUCAUUUUCCCAUAAAACAUACUAUCAAUAACCGGAUUAGAUAAAAUAGGUGUAAGCACCUAUGGUAUGGCUAUCUAAACUUAACCCACCGCUGCUUUCUUUCUAAAUCUCAAUUUAAAGUAGGAUUGGGGUGAUUUUUUUUUAGUCUUUAGGACAGAAAUCACCUUAAAGUUCCAAUUUUUAGAAGAUAAAAGCCCUAUUUUAUCUCAUAUACAUAAUCAAGGUGCUGAUUGAGUAAUACAAAACUUGAAUUUGGAUAGCACAAACAUUUGGCAGAGUACUGCAUAAUCAACUAAACAAUUUUUUCAGGCUAGAUUCCUCACAUAACAGGACCCUCCCCAAAUGUCCUUUCUCCAUUAUUGUACCACUGGCAAAACUGGGGCAUUACAAUUAAUUUGCAGGAAAUAACUAAGGCUUACUAUGGCAGUGAUGACUCAUCACCUGGCAACCACCAUUUCCCUCCUUGGUAACCCGGUAAAUGAUGCCGCAUCUUCAUAAAGCAAUGCUUCAGUGAGGUUGAAGAAGGCAAACACAUAUCAGGAUCCAUGUUAAGACUAGGACCAGACAUUCUGUAGUCUGUAGUGAUGAAAUGCUUCGAGAGAUUGGUUCUCCAACACCUUAGGACAUGCCUCCCACCGGAAUUUGAUAAACAUCAGUUUGCCUACAGGGGGAAUAGGUCGACAGACGACGCCAUAGGUACUGCUUUACAUUCUGUAGUGAGCCAUCUGGAGAAACCCGGGAUGCUUUUCAUAGACUAUGCUCGGCCUUCAAUACCAUUCUGCCGAGCAUCCAUAUCGAAAAGCUGACUGACUUGGAUUUUCUCUCUUCCAUCUGGAAGAGACUGGAUCAAAGACUUUCUGAGGGACUGGCCACAAACAGUGAAGGUUGGGUCUGUCAUAUCCACCCCCCUGAAGUUUAGCACUGGCUCCCCACAGGGCUGUGUGCUUAGUCCCUACCUGUAUUCACUGUACACACGAUUGUGUAUCGUCUGACCCAUCCACUGUGAUCAUUAAGUUUGCAGAUGACACCACCGUACUGGGUCUUAUUACAGGUGGAGAUGAAACAGCAUACAGGGGGAGGUUCAGAAACUAUCCACAUGGUGCUUAAAAAACAACCUGCACCUGAACAUCAGCAAGACCAAGGAGAUGGUGUUGGACUUCUGGAGGAAGAGAGAGGAACCUGCCCCACUUUACAUCAAGGGGGGCUAUGUAGAGAGAGUUUCCUCCUUUAAAUUCCUGGGAGUCCAUCUCAGCGAAGAUCUCACCUGGAAAAACAACACGAUCCAGGUGGCCCGGAAGGCCCAACAGAGACUCCAUUAACUUAGGGUGCACUGACGGAGCUCAACCAAUCUCAUUGUACAUAUGUUGUGCACUGACAAUAAAGAUUUGAAAUUGAAAUUCUCAGAUAUCUGUUUAUUAGCCAGUAAACUUCACAUUUGUGCAUAACAGCCUCAGUAGUGUUUAAUGGUUAUGAAACUUUUCAUAUACAAUGUAGUAGUAUAUAUAAAAUAUUGACUCCAUUAAACUCUGAAGAUUGGGUGAGUUUAAAUAAUUGCAAUUUGAAAAACGGUUACAUGAACUGGGCAUGGCUAGCCUAGUGAAGAGAAGGACCAGGGGAGAUAUGAUAGCCGUCUUCCAAUACUUGAGGGGCUGCCACAGAGAGGAGGGAGUCAAGCUGUUUUCUAAAGCACCUGAAGGCCAGACAAGGAAUAAUGGAUGGAAACUGACCAAGGAGAGAUUCAACCUAGAAAUGAGGAGGAACUUUCUGACAGUGAGAAUAAUCAACCAAUGGAACAGCUUGCCUUUGGAAGUUGUGGGAGCUUCAUCACUUGAGACUUUGAAGAAAAAAUUGGACUGCCAUUUGUCAGAAAUGGUGUAGGGUCUCCUGCUUGAGCAGGAGGUUGGACUAGAUGACCUAUAAGGUCCCUUCCAACUCUGUUAAUCUGUUAAAUCUUAAAUUUGCUGUAUCAGCAUAGAUGCUAACUUAUUUUAUUUACAGCCAACUGUUUUGGAAACUAUUAUUAUGUAUUUAUUGAGAGUAUUAUUUGGGCACUCUUCAGACAAAUAUAGUUUCGAUUAGAUGCCACUGACAAAAAUAAUAACUGUAUCUAAUUAUUACAAAUCCAUUCCAUUAAUUUAUAUAAGACUUAGUCAAAACUCCCUUUUGUUGCAGUAUGUGUUUUUGCGAAGGAGAAAACUUACAACCCCUGCCAGGGAUGAGUUGUUUUAUGGGGUUUUAUUAUAUGAUGGAUAUUUUAAAUUUUAUAAGCUGCCCAGAGUCUCUUAUUGUUGGUUGGCAAUAUAAAUGCGUUAAUGGAUGGAUGGAUAGGUGGGUGGAUGAUAGACAGAUAGAUAAACAUAGCUGGAAUUACAUCUUACUACAUGAGGCCACUUUGAGUUACAGUUUGGCAAUAUCUGGAGAGUCAUAGAUAGCCACUCCAUCUUAGAGAAAGUAGAAAACCAUGAAAAUUAAUUAACUAUAUAAACAUGAUUAAUUAGGAACUUUUCACUGAUGAAUAUGUGAGGUUUGAAGGUCAUUAGUUACUUAGAAUACUUUGAUACAUUAUACAUUAUUUUGCCCCUUUUGCUCUUAUGUCCAUAAUUCUAAUAUGCAAUAUUCCCCAAGAAAAAAUACAUCAUAUCGUAUUUCAUUUGGAAGCCAGUCUGCAAUGCCUUUGAAAUUUGAUAUGCCUUUUCACAAUGAGACAUGACAACACUGAGUUUGAAACAGCUUUCGCCAGAUGAAUGAACAAAUCCCAGAGAGAAAGAUGUGUUGCGCAUAUUAGGUCAUUUCCUGCUGCUUCUCAUUCUUUGCAAAGAAUUUGUCAAUGUUCACAAAUCAAAUCCUGAAUGAUGCCUACUUGUUGCAAAAGACAAUUUAGUAUAUUUCUGUGGGGUUCUUAUAGACGGUAAAGGGAAGUAUGCUAUCCACGAAGAAUCAAGGUUGGUACCAUAUGAAAUAGAACCAUGGAAUCAGAAGAGACCAUUUAAACACCAGUAUAGGAAUUCAAAGGAUCCCUGACAGAAGGCUGUCUAGCUGCUUUUAAACACUCAUGGAGUCCUCCAUCUUUUUGAAUAAUUAUUUACAUGAUCAAAUUUACUAUUGCAAACUUUUCCAACAUUAAUUUGGCAUAUGCAGUUCUUUUAUCAUAAAUGUUUCGUGCUCUACUUACUAAGCUAAUAAAGAAUUUGGCUUUC